ACUGGAUAGAAUUCUCUCUUUAAAUGCGAUUAUAUUUUUACUUUAUAUAUAUUACAUAAAUUACGUAUAUUUAUUAAUGAUGAAUACAUUAUUCUUACGGAGCAAAGUGUCCCUCCAAAGGACCUUUUUUACUGUGCAGAAAAAUAUAUUUACAUCAAAUUUACAUUUUGUUUGUCUCAAGCAUCAUUCAUAAGUGCUGUUUGAUAUCGGUUGUACAUUAAAAUAAAGAAAAGUCUUUAGAAUCAACAAUAACAACAAAGAUUAAAUGUGACGUUCAUGACAGCUGUCAAGCUCGCGAGACAGUCAGACGCCUAGUGGCGCGAAAACACUCAGCGCGAGGACACUGAAGUUUCCGUCAGCUUUCCCUCAGGUUUAAACGUGAGGUAAAAUGUAAUUUACGUGAAUUACUUUUCUUUUAAUAGUAUUUACCCAAUUAUAACGGCACACAUUUAUUCACUGAAACAAUUUACCUUAUUGCAUGCUUUUUUUAACCGAUUAAUAGAAUGAAGUGUGCUGAGGACCAGACUUUGGAGGAUGAGGCGGGGUACCAGGAAGAUGAGGAAUCUUUCUUUCAAGACAUAGAGCUCUUACAGAAGCAUGGCAUUAACAUGGCUGACAUUAAGAAACUGAAGUCUGUGGGUAUUUGUACUGUGAAAGGAGUACAGAUGACAACACGCCGUGCCCUCUGUAAUGUAAAGGGACUGUCUGAAGCUAAAGUGGACAAAAUAAAGGAAGCAGCUGGAAAGUUGCUGGUGUGUGGAUUUCAAACAGCCUCUGAAUAUAGUGUGAGAAGGAGACAAGUCUUUCACAUCACAACUGGCAGUCUGGAAUUUGAUAAACUUCUUGGAGGAGGUGUUGAGAGUAUGGCCAUUACUGAAGCUUUUGGUGAGUUCAGAACUGGAAAGACUCAACUCUCUCAUACACUUUGCGUAACUGCUCAGCUUCCUGGUGAAUUUGGAUACACAGGAGGAAAGGUCAUCUUUAUUGAUUCUGAGAACACCUUUCGCCCAGAGCGGUUAAGGGACAUAGCUGACCGCUUUAAUGUGGAUCAUGAAGCUGUAUUGGAUAAUGUGCUAUAUGCACGUGCAUACACAAGUGAGCAUCAAAUGGAGUUACUAGACUUUGUUGCAGCCAAGUUUCAUGAGGAGGGAGGUGUCUUCAAGCUCCUGAUAAUAGACUCAAUCAUGGCUCUCUUCCGGGUGGACUUCUCUGGAAGAGGUGAGCUGGCUGAGAGACAACAGAAGCUUGCACAAAUGCUCUCCAGACUGCAAAAGAUCUCAGAAGAGUACAACGUUGCAGUAUUUGUUACCAAUCAGAUGACUGCAGACCCAGGAGCUGGAAUGACAUUUCAAGCAGAUCCAAAAAAGCCUAUUGGAGGACACAUCCUGGCCCAUGCCUCCACCACACGCAUCAGCUUAAGGAAAGGGCGUGCUGAACUGAGAAUUGCCAAGAUAUUUGAUAGCCCAGACAUGCCAGAAAAUGAAGCUACUUUUGCCAUUACUGCAGGAGGAAUAUCAGAUGCCAAAGACUAACAAUCUACACAAUGUUACCUAAAUGUCUAAAAGUUUUUCCAGAGGAUGGAAUUUGUUCCCUGUUAAUGCAUAUAACAGUUGUAUUCAGUUGUUUGCAUGUUUAUCGCUUCUCUAUAUGUUUAUUAUUGUCAUUUUGAGAAAAAUGGCAUUUUAAUAGUGAAUU